AUGAAAUCAGCACGAAGAAACAUCAAAACUUUAUAUGAGGAUUUAAAUAAUCCUAUAAGAUCUAGAGAUAGGAAUCCUUUGCCACCUCCUCCAAAAUCUGCGCGAACAAUUAGUACAACUUCUCGUACAGCAAGGCCUUCAUUUAAUCCAAAAAACUUUCAUCAAGUCGAAAAUUCAACUGUGAGUGUCGAGAAUGUUAUAAUUACUUCUAGAAAAGAUAAAGAGGACCAAGUUCAAGCAUUUAUUGAUGAAUUUCAUCCACCUCCGAUUCAAAUUUUACAAAAAAUUGCACAAGUUAGUAAAAAUCAUAAGAGCGUACUUUUAAAAAUAAUUAACGAGUUAAAACAAUACAAAGAAGAGAACCUUCAUGAACCCGUUGCUGAUUUAUCAAACGAUGCUAUAACAAAAAUUACUUCUUUACGCUUAAAAACAAUUGACAUGGAUAGAGAAAUAGAUGAAAGUCGAAAUUUAAAUACAAUACUUUAUGAAGAAUUGGAAGAUGCAAAAAAGAAAUUAGAAAAAGCUCAACAAGAAUACAAUAGGAUUAAAACUGUCUAUGAUGCUUCAUCAUUUACUAUAUAUGACUCUACUCGAAAUGAAAAAGAAAUACAAAAAGAACUUGAUGCGCUUCCGAAAAAGCCAAGUCAAAAAGAAACAAUGAAAUAUAAUGCAUUAUGGGGUGAAAAUAAACAUUUAAAGUCGGAAAUUCAAAAAACUCUGGACAAAUUAGGAGAAGAACGUCAAUAUCAACUAUCUGUCAUUGCAAAGAGAGCAAUCAAAGAAAUACAAUUAGAAGAUGAAAAUAAUGAGAAAAGUUAA